AAUCCAACAAUAAGGUUCUAGCUUUUGGGUCAUCACUCAUGAAUCAUCAUUGUUGAAAAAUUCUCUCACCUAACCAAUCGUAAAGAAGGAUUCAAACUCUCAAAACAGAUAGAAGUUAGCACAAGUAAUUUCUGAAGCCUUAGCCAGCAAUGGAAGGAUUUGUUAUAACACUUUGCAUAUCGUCUGUAUUAUUUUCCAUCUUAAUUACCUCCAAUGGUGUCGACACCAUAACUACAACAAAGUCACUUGCAGAUGGCGAGACAAUAGUUUCAUCAGGUGGAAUCUUCGAACUGGGUUUUUUCAGCCCAGGAAAUUCUACGAAUCGGUACGUGGGAAUAUGGUACAAGAAAACACUACCAAUUAUGACUGUGGUAUGGGUUGCCAAUAGAGAAACCCCACUCUUUGACAAAGCAGGUGUGUUAAAGCUCACGAGUCCAGGAGUUCUAGUCCUUGUAAAUAGCACUAAUGACACCAUAUGGAUAUGGUCUACAAAAACCUCGAGAUCAGCACAGGAUCCGGUUGCGCAACUUUUCGAUUCGGGUAAUAUGGUUGUGAGAAAUUCAGAUGAUGAAAAGAAAGCAGAGAAUUUCUUGUGGCAGAGUUUCGAUUAUCCGGGGAACACGCUUUUACCCGGGAUGAAGCUUGGAAGGAACUUUUUAACCGGUCAAGAAUGGUACGUUUCUUCGUGGAAGAGUGAUGAUGAUCCAGGUCAAGGUGUGUUUACAUAUGUGCUUGAUACUCAUGGAUACCCACAAAUGUUUCUGAGGAAUGGUGCUACUGACUUGUAUGGGUCUGGACCAUGGAAUGGUCUCAAGUUUAGCGGAAUUCAGAACCCAGCCCCGAUUUCCAGAUUCUAUUAUGAUGUCAGCUUUAAUUAUGAUUUGAAUACGGAGGUGGUUUACUUCACUUACGAGGUUACCAACAACUCAGUUGUUUCGAGGGCCGUGUUGAGUCAUGAAGGAUAUAUGACGCUGUGGGCAAGCUAUGAUCAAACCCGCAGUUGGCUCGCUUUUGGGAGUGUACCAAAGGCUAGCUGUGCCAGGUACGCGUCCUGUGGCCCGUAUGGUAUCUGCAACAAAAAUAACUCCCCAGUGUGUGGGUGUUUGGUUAAAUUUGUGCCGAAGAAUCCAAAAGAGUGGAAACUUCAUGAUUGGUCAAAUGGUUGUGUUCGGAGGACACCUUUGAGUUGCCAGCAGGAGGGAGGAGAAGACGGGUUUGUCAAGUAUUCAAGGGUCAAAUUGCCCGACACACGGAACUCAUCAUUCGACAGAAGGAUGAGCCUUGAAGAAUGUCGGAGAACGUGCUUGGGAAACUGCUCUUGUAUGGCUUAUGCAAAUCUGGACAUACGCGAGGCAGGAAGUGGUUGCUUGCUUUGGUUUGGUUACCUGAUUGAUAUUAAAGAAUUCAUCGAAGGAGGCGGGCAAGACAUCUAUGUGAGGACGGCAUCCUCUGAAUCAGGAGGAUAUGUUAGUUCCACGCCAAAAGGUAGAAACAUAGAGCGGAAAUUGAUCAUCACAGCACUUGCAGUUUCCAUGACCAUGCUAACUACAGCCUUCUUUUACUGUAUUUGGAGGAGAAAGUUACGAAAGAACGGUAUGAAUACAGGGAAGGACUUGUUGUCAUUUGAUCUUGGCACAAGCAUUGGAGCAGGAAACAACACAAUAACUGAAGCCAGUACGAUUCAAAAUACUAGAAAGAGGGAAGUUGAUUUACCAUGGUUCAGUUUCGAAAGUGUAUCUGCUUCUACUGAUAACUUCUCUGAUGCAAAUAAGCUCGGAGAGGGUGGUUUUGGACCUGUUUACAAGGGAAAGUUACAAAGAGGACAUAAGGUGGCUGUGAAAAGGCUUUCUAGGAAAUCUGGACAAGGAUUGGAGGAAUUUCAAAAUGAGACAAUGCUCAUAGCAAAACUUCAACACAAGAAUCUUGUGAGACUACUGGGCUGCUGUAUUGACAGAGAUGAAAAAAUUUUGAUCUAUGAGUACAUGCUCAACAAAAGCUUGGAUUUCUUCCUUUUCGAUCCAAUCAAGCACGGGAUACUAAAUUGGGAGCUCCGCCUUAGAAUUAUCGAUGGAAUUGCUCAAGGGCUUCUCUAUCUUCAUGAUUAUUCAAGGUUACGAAUUAUCCACCGGGAUUUGAAAGCUAGCAAUAUUCUCUUGGAUAAGGACAUGAACCCAAAAAUAUCCGAUUUUGGGAUGGCAAGAAUAUUCGGUGGCAACGGAUUACAAGCAACAAAGAGAAUCGUUGGCACUUACGGCUACAUGUCACCGGAAUAUGCCUUUAAAGGUCUCUUCUCAGUCAAAUCUGAUGUCUUCAGCUUUGGAGUAUUAUUGUUAGAGAUUCUAAGCGGCAAAAGGAACACAGCCUUCCAUGAUAGUGACUCCCUUAACCUUCUAGGAUAUGCAUGGGACUUGUGGAAGAAUGGCAGGGGACUCGACUUAAAAGAUCCGAUGUUAGAAGAUAUAUCUUCCACAAAUAUGCUGCUGAGAUAUGUAAACAUAGGGCUGCUUUGUGUUCAAGAAAGUGCAGCAGAUAGACCUACCAUGUCUGUUGUUGUAUCAAUGCUCAGCAAUGAACUUUUCCUUCUACCCUCUCCAAAACAACCUGCAUUUUCAAUCAAUAGGAGUGUACUAGAUUCAACUUCACACAAACGCCCCGAAAUUUGUUCAGGGAAUGAUGUGACAAUCUCAAUUUUGGAAUAUUACAUAAUAUCUAGUCUAGCAUUCUACACAACCCUCUCCUUUUACCUUGAGACUGCAAUGAAUUGGAUCCAGGCUUUCCUCUCUCUUUUCCAUGCUUUUUUAUUCUCCUCAGCCUUCUUGAAAUUCUCCAUGGGUGCCGAUACCUUAGGUCCAAACAAAUCCCUCAGGGAUGGUGAAACUUUAGUUUCCACAAGCCAAAAGUUCGAGCUUGGCUUCUUCUCUCCCGGAAGCUCCAAAAGCAGGUACUUGGGAAUAUGGUACGUAAAGAACCCAGAAACAGUUGUGUGGGUCGCAAAUAGGAAUAACCCAAUUAAUGAUUCAAAGGGAGUCUUAACUAUCAGUAGCAACAAAACACUGGCUCUUUUCAAUGGAAACCACAGCAUUAUCUGGUCAUCAAACUCAUCAAGUGUGGUAGCAAGAAGUAAACCAUUUGCAAAGCUCUUAGAUUCAGGAAAUUUUCUUCUUAUCGAUACAGCCAAACCAGAUUCGAAUACGUACCUAUGGCAGAGUUUUGAUUACCUAGGUGAUACCCGGUUACCAGGCAUGAAGCUAGGACAGAACUUGAACACUGGUCUAGAUCAGCAUUUGACAUCGUGGAGAACUGCCGAGGAUCCAUCUCUAGGAGAAUUCACUUACGGAAUUGAGAAUCAUGGGUUGCCUCAAUUGGUAAUCAACAUGGGAUCAACGAAAAAGUAUCGAUCUGGGCCAUGGAACGGACUUCGAUUUAGCGGUCUUCCCAGAGUCACCAAUCCAGCUAAUCAACCCAUAUUGGAGUUCAACGAGAACAAAUUGAUUUCUCUAUUUCCACCAAACAACUCUUUCAUCAAAAGAUCAUUUCUGAGCCAGUCAGGAUUUCUUCAGCACUACUCUCUAAAUGGAAAGAGCAAUACUUGGGAGCUCAUGUACACAGCUCCAAAUGACUUGUGCGACAAUUAUGGGCACUGUGGCCCUAAUGGUUUUUGCCCAAUGAAAAGUACAUCUUGUGAGUGUUUGAAGGGGUUCACUCCAAAAUCUCAACAAGAAUGGGAAGUGCUUAAUUGGUCCAACGGUUGUGUACGCAGUGUGCCGUUAGAUUGCCAGAAGGGAGAGGGGUUUGUGAAGGUUGCACAUGUCAAGUUACCCGACCUCUUGGAGAUUCAGUUGAACACCGGAAUGGGCCUCAAGGAAUGUGAGCACGAGUGCUUGAAGAACUGCUCUUGUAUAGCAUAUGCCAAUUCAAACAUAAGUGAAGGUGGCAGUGGGUGUUUGAUGUGGCUUGGGGAUCUGAUUGAUACAAGGGAGUUCUUCCAAGAAGGUAGCAAGCAAGAUAUCCACAUACGCUUGCCAGCUUCAGCAAUGAAAUCGAUCAACAAUUCAAAGAAGAAGAAAAGACUUAUGAAGAUCUUACUGUUAUCAGCCACUUCAGCAAUGCUAAUCUUGGGCUUGGUAUGCGGGUGCAUAAUUAUGAAAAGAAAAACAAACAGAAGAGGUGCAAAGGAAGAGAAAGAAAAAAUGGAAUUACCUUUAUUCGAUCUGGCAACGAUUGCAGCUGCUACAAGGAACUUCUCGAACAAACAUUUGAUUGGAGAAGGUGGCUUUGGUCCUGUUUACAAGGGAAUAUUGUCCCCAGACCAAGAAAUAGCAGUGAAAAGACUGUCGAAAAGUUCAGGACAAGGUUUAGAAGAGUUUAAGAACGAAGUUGCAUCAAUUGCCAAACUUCAACAUCGGAACCUUGUCAGGCUUCUGGGAUGCUGCAUUGAGGGAGAAGAAAGGAUGUUAAUCUAUGAGUACAUGUGCAACAAAAGCUUGGAUUAUUUUAUUUAUGAUCCAAACAGAAAUGUAUUAUUGGCCUGGCAGAAUCGGUUUGACAUAAUUUUGGGAAUUGCACGGGGGCUUCUUUAUCUCCACCAAGAUUCUAGACUACGAGUGAUCCAUAGGGAUCUAAAAGUAAGCAAUAUUCUUCUAGAUAGAGACCUGACUCCUAAAAUUUCAGACUUCGGAUUAGCACGAAUAGUCAAUGGUGAACAAAUUUUUGCACAAACAAAGAGAAUCAUCGGAACAUAUGGCUAUAUGUCUCCAGAGUAUGCAAUUGAUGGGCGAUUUUCUGUGAAAUCUGAUGUAUUCAGUUUUGGUGUGCUUUUGUUGGAGAUAGUGAAUGGUAAAAGGAACAGAGGGUUUCACCAUCCUGAUCAUCACCACAACCUUCUCGGGCAUGCAUGGCUGCUUUGGAAUGCAGAAAGAUCUUUGGAACUAAUGGAUACAUGUUUCAAGGAUUCAUGUGUUAAAUCCCAGGUACAGAGAUGUAUUCAAGUGGGCCUAUUAUGCGUACAGAAACGCCUAGAAGACAGGCCAUCAAUGUCAACUGUAGUAUUUAUGUUGGGGAAUGAUGAAGCAAAGUUGCCUCAGCCUAAACAACCUGGCUUCUUUACCGGCUCCACUGAUAAAGAUAGCGAGUCAAGAACUGGUGAAUUUCAUACAGUUGAUGUAGCAACCAUAACAAUACUGGAAGCUAGAUAGAGGAUCCAUCCAAUCCACCCCAAGGGAGGAAGUUCCAAAUGCGAUCUCAAAGGCGUAAACUGAUGUACAUCUUAGUGUAACAGUGAAAAUCAGAGUGUACGGAUGCAUUAAAGUAAGAGGUGAAAACCCAAGAGAGGAAAUCCUGUAUGACUAGAGUGCUCUGGGACGCCAAGUGCGAGCAAGGAAGAAUGUGUUGCUUGAGAGGCUGACUUAUGGUUGAAUCAGGAAGGAGUAGUGGUGUCGGAUUUGGGUAGCUUGUGAUCUCCUCUUAUACUCUUUAUAUUUGGAAUAGUGCUUUUGUUUCUCUUAUCAUGGACGUACAAUAUGAUAGCCGAACCAUACAAAAAUGCAUCUCCUUUCUAUAUGCGAGCAUGUGUAAAUUUCA